AUGGAGAUCACAUCAGCCGGCAUUGGAGAUAUCCGGCGGGCCCCCAAGCGGAUGACAUCCAGUAUCUGGUCCCCCCAUCUUCGCAUGGACCGGAGAGCUACUCGCUAUAGCAUCUGGGAAGCGCCAUCAGUUAGCUGGUCGGCGGAAAGCGGCAUGUUUGGCAAGCGCAAUAUCCAGGUGGUUCUGUUCAUAUUGGGAUUCGGAAUCCCCUUCGCCUGGAUGAUCGCUGCCUUCCUCCCACUGCCCCCCAAACCAAUGGUCGAAAUGCAACAACGAGACAGAAGCACCACGACUUUCCGCACACCCGAAGAAGCUGAUCCGGAGUCGUUGAAUACACGAGUCGGGCCAAUGGACGACUCGCGUUUUCAAAGCGCGCGGUGGUGGAGGAAUCUCAACCGCUUCAUGUCUAUUGUCGGCCUUCUCCUCCUAGGCGCCGUCGCCGCUCUCGUGGUGAUCGGCCUCAGACAAAAUUGGUGA